AUGGUAGGCGCCGUAGGUGACACAGGGGUGGUGGACACCCUGGAGGCACGGCUGGAGAGCGCGAGGAGGAAGCACGAGGCCAACGAGUAUGGCGACCUACCCUGGGCGGUCGUCGAGGCUGGACUCCGCACCAUGUGGGCGACGGAGCACCCUCCUUCUCGGCCUGCAUCUCCUCGACCGGUGAACACCGAGGGCGGCGUCGACGUGGGCGUCAACGCCGGUGGUGACCAAGUCGGCAGCAGUGCGGGAGGCACGUCGUCGAGGCAGCGUGGUGUGAUUCACGCCGAUGAAGUCGGCGUCGUUCAGGCGCGAGGGAUGCGGUCGUCGGCGGCUGCAGGCUCCUCGCAGGGUGAUGUCGGAGGUCGACGAAGUGGAUCUUUGCCGAUGUCGGCGACCCAGGUGACAGCAGGCGGGAUUGCACCGAGCUACGGCUACUUCAAGUUUACGCCGGAUAGGAUCUUGGUCUCUCCCGUGCUGGUCGGUCGACCCGACAUACUCACCUGGAAGGAAGCUAUCGAGCCCCAGCUGGAGAUGGCGGGGCUGAUCAACUUUGCCCGUGGCACUGUGGCGACGCCGGAUGACCCCGACUUGCAUGUGGAGUUUCGCGCUGUGCAGCUGCUGACCUUCACGGUCAUCUCGCGGUGCUGCUCGCCGGGCGUGCAAAUCGCCCUGAAGUCGUGCAGGGAGCACAUCGACGCCGGCCACCGGGCGUGGCACUUCAUCGAGUCGACUUACCAAGUCACCGACGACUUGUUUAUCGCCCAGCUUGAAGGGCAGCUGACGCACCUGCGUAUGGGCGACCAGGAGACGGCGACAGACUACUGCAACCGAGCUCGGCGGAUUCUUGCCACCAUCAGGAUGGCCGGCGCGGAGUACUCGACGGCGUCGUACGUCACCCAUGUCAUGCAGGGACUCCCAAGCAGCUACAACCUGCUGAAGCGGCUGUCGAUGGCGCCGAGCACGCGGGCGACGCUCAACGAGGACACGUUGACCUCGUACAUCUUGCAGGACGAGGCGAUGCAGGAGGCUGAGCGGUCCCAAGAGCUCUUGGCGCAGGUGAACUACGUCGCCCCGGCGAAGCAAGGCGGUCGACCGGGGCAGCGUGGACAGUCUGGCGGCGGUGGUAGCAGUGGCUCGAAGUCGGCCAAGGAAGUCGACAAGAAGAAGUCGACCAAGGACAGUGGUCGAGGAGGAGGAAGUCGACGUCGGGAGUGCUGGCUGUGUGGCGACCCCGACCAUCUCUCCUUCGAGUGCCCCGACCGCAGUGACUCCGACGACGACGACGCCAAGGGAGGCCGCGGGAGGUCUGGCAGUCGUCGUCCUCGUCGAGGAGGAAACCAGCCGCGCAAGGAGAAGCAGUCGACCAAGUCGUCGACAUCGGCGAAGGACGCCGACUCUCCUGCUGGCGGAAAAGGGCGCGACGACAAGUCGGCGUCGUGCUCUCUGGUCGGCGUCGUGGAGCCGACCGUCUCGCUGGCGCCGGAGGCUGGCGAGGACUUCCAAGCGGUGGCGGCAGCUGUGCAGGCUAAUCCAGCAGUGGUCUUGCUCGACAGCGGCUGCUCCCACCACCUGAUGGGGACGAAGGACGCCUUCGUCGACUUGGGGCCGAGCGGCGACGUGAAGCACGUGCGUGGCUUCAAUGGGGCGCUGCAAGACGUCAAGGGUCAGGGCACGGUUGCGCUGCAAGGGGAGGCCGGGAAGCGGGUGCUCAUUCCCGACGUGCUGUACGUCCCGGGCGUGCACGCGAACCUGCUGUCGUCCGGACAGCUGAAGGAGAACGGCGUGAAGCUGCAGGACGACGGUGACGGGAUGCUACUCGUCUCAGCAACGGGCGACGUUCUUGGUCGAGCAACGCUGCACGCGCGGCUGGCGCACGUCGGCAUGGACACCAUCUCGAAGUCGGCGAAGCAUGAGGUCGCCACUGGGCUGGACCUCAAGUCGACGACCAAGGGCGCCGACUCACCGUGUGUCUCGUGCGUCGGUGGGAAGCUGGCGCGGCACACCUUCCCCGACCAAGGCUCCGACGCCGACGACGUGCUGGCUGUCGUGCACAUCGACCUGUGCGGGCCAUUCCGGGUGGCUGCCAAGGACGGCAGCCUGUACUUCUUGCUGCUGAAGGACCGUAAGUCCCGCUACGUGUGGGUGAAGCCGGUCGCCAAGAAGUCGGACGUGCUGCUGGAGUUCCAGAAGUGGCUGGUGCUGGUGGAGCGGCAGACGAAGAAGUCGGUGUUGCAGCUGCGCUCUGACCGAGGAGGGGAGUUCCUCGGCAAGGAGUUCACCGCCUUCGUGGAUGGCAAGGGGAUCGUCCACGACCUGACCUGCCCCUACACCCCGCAGCAGAACGGCAUGGCGGAGCGGGAGAUGCGAACGGUGGUGGAGUCGGUGCGGACGAUGCUGCUGCACAUGGGCGUGCAGCACCACUGGUGGCACCUCGCUCUGCGGUAG